AUGAGGCCCAGACUUCCCCAGCGGAUGUUCCUCCAGGGUGUGUUUCAGAGUCGAUUCAUCAGGAUGACUUUUCCGGACCCAGGCAGGCUUGUGGAACUGGCAUGUCAGAGCUUGCUGAGGGAGGAGGCCAUGGCCAUUGCUGCUCUGGAGUCGCUGCCCGUGGAGCUCUUCCCGCCGUUGUUUGUGGCGGCCUUUGCCGGGAGGCACAGCAAGACCCUGAAGGCGAUGGUGCAGGCCUGGCCCUUCCCCUGCCUCCCUAUGGGAGCCCUGAUGAAGGAGCAGCAGCCUUACCAUGAGAUCAUCCAGGCUGCACUUGAUGGACUUGAUGUCCUGCUUUCCCAGGAGGCUCGCCCCAGGAGAUGGAAACUGCAAAUGCUGGAUUUACAGAAGAACUCUCAUCAGGACUUCUGGGCCAGGUGGUCUGGAACCAAGAGCAGUAUGUGCUCACUGUUGGAGCCAGAGAUGGUCCAGCCCAUGAAGAAGCGGCAAAAAGUUGACAGUUCAGGGGUGUGGUCGAAGCCACCCUCUGCCUCCAUGGAGGUGUUCAUAGACCUUUACCUCAAGGAGGGCACUCCUGAUAAGUCUAUCCGUUACCUUAUUAAAAAAGUCAGGCAGAAGAGAGGUUUACUACACCUGUGCUGUGAGAAGCUGCAGAUUUCUUCAGUGUCAGUGCAAAACAUUAGAAUACUGCAAAUGGUGCAGCUCGACUCUGUCCUGGAUUUGGAAGUGAAUUGCACCUGGAAACUGUUCGCCCUGGAGAAGUUCAUUCCUUACCUGGGCCAGAUGGGCAAUUUGCACCGGCUCACCCUCUCCCAUAUCUACAUGUCUUUCCACAUCACCCCAGAGCAGGAGGAGCAGUGUGCUAGCCAGUUCAGCUCUCAGUUCCUCAGCCUGCUCCACCUCCAGGAGCUCUAUUUGGACUCGAUCUCCUUCCUCCAAGGUCACCUGGACCAGUUGCUCAGGUGCCUGAAGACCCCUUUGGAGACCCUGUCAAUCACUAACUGCCUGCUUUCGGAAAUAGACUUGAUGAACCUGUCCCAGAGCCUGAAUGUCAGUCAGCUGAAGGACCUGAGUCUCACUGGGGUCAACCUGACCAGUGUAAGUUAUGAGUCCCUCCAAGUUCUGUUAGAGAGAGCCUCUGCCACCUUACAGGACCUGGAGUUGGAUGACUGUGGGAUCAUGGACAUUGAGUUCACUGCCAUUCUGCGUAUCCUGAGCCACUGCUCCCAGCUCACAACCUUCAGUUUCUGUGGCAACCCCGUCUCCGUGGCUGUACUGGAGGACCUGCUGCGCCACACCACCGGGCUGAGAAAGCUGAGCCAAGUGCUGUAUCCUGCCCCCGUGGAGAGUUACCAGGAUAUCCGCGGCAACCUCGACCUGGGCAUUCUUGCCCAGAUGCACAUCAGGCUGAGGCAGGUGCUGCAGGAGUUGGGGCGACCAGGCGUGAUCUGGUUCGGUGCCAACCACUGUGCUAACUGUGGUAAUAGGCUCUUCUAUGACCCGGAUCCCAUCUUGUGUCACUGUUAUAUGUCUGUCUAG